AGUUGUAUUUAUCCUUUAUAUUUGUCCCCAUUAAGUAAAAUUCCUGGUCCACCUGUUGAUAAUUUCAUUCUUGGACAUUUGACCUCUUUAUUAAACAAAGAGCUUGGUGAAGCUUUGACUCAUUUGGCAAAACAAUACGGUGGACUAGCUAGAUUUCAUAUCAUAUUUAGCAAGCCCUUUUUAUUGAUUUCCGAUCCAAAACUUGUCCAACAAGUAUUGCUUAAUCGCCCUUAUGAUUUUUCAAAGUUUUUCCCCAAUAAAACCAAGGAAUUGUUUGGCGAAGGUAUUUUUAUUGCUGAAGGAGAUUCUCAUAAACGGCAAAGAAGAAUUAUGAAUCCUUCAUUCACUUUUGCCAAUAUCAAGGAAAUGGUUCCAACGUUUGUUCAAGUUGGUCAUAAAUUAAAAGAUAUCUGGAUGAAACAAAUUGGUAAUAAGAAAGAAGAAAGAAUUACCAUUUCCGAUUUAGUUGGCAAGAUAACUUUAGAUGUCAUUGGCCUUGUUG